AUGUUGGGCUCUCACGAUGAUCAAAUAAAUUCCGCCAUGGAUCUACUACGGAGGAUGCCUCCGCAAAAGUUCGAACACGUUCUCCAAUCCGUCCUCGAUAUCUGUCCACAGAUAUCUGAUGCCGUUCUCUCUAUGGUUGAUCAACCAAUGAAGAUCAAGAAGGACCCUAAUGCUGGUCGGGAUUACCUACUCUCUGACUUUAAUCGUGAUGGCGACUCGUUCCGGUCACCCUGGACUAACGUUUACGACCCACCACUUGAUGAUGGCGUGCUUCCAUCAGAACGUUUACGUGCUCUUGAAAUAGAGGCCAAUAAUGCCUUUGAUCAGUAUCGUGAAAUGUAUUUUGAGGGUGGGAUUUCUUCCGUAUAUUGUUGGGAUCUGGACCAAGGUUUUGCAAUGGCCAUUCUCAUUAAGAAGACCGGCAACUCAACCUCUGUUAGGGGAUCUUGGGAUUCCGUCCACAUCGUUGAAGUUCAGGAGCACUCGACUGCCAAGUCGGCCCAUUACAAGCUGACGAGCACGAUCAUAAUGUGGAUAGAUACGAAUACACACGAGUGUGGAGCUUCAGCUUUGGGCGGCCACUUCACUCGUAUGAAAGAGCACGAGUACCCUCUCAUCGAUCAGAGGCAACAUAUCAGCAAUAUUGGCUCCAUGGUGGAGGAGCUCGAGAGCCAAAUGAGGUCUUUCCUGAACGAUGUGUACUUUGGCUCGUCCAAGGCAAUAAUCGAUUCGAUGCGCACCUACCGAACCGCUGAGGAGGAGCAGCAGCAGCGGCAGCUGGCGCAGAGUGUGAGACAGGUCGUACAGCAGAGGAGCCAAUAG